AUGGCGACUCAGGCUUCCACUUCGCAGCUCAAUGUCAACGGCAACGGAGCGGGCGCCGCCGGAGCCAACAAGACAAAGGAGCUCUUCAACGCCGCCCUCCAAGCUCGACACCCGACCAACGCCUACAUCGCCCACCUCAAGAUCUGGGAGGAUGUAGCUCAAGACGGAGCCCCCGUCGAGGCUUCAACAGCUGCAGGCGCAACCAAAAAGGCAAGAUACCUCAUUCUAGCGGUACAAAAGGAUACGGGCAAGGUCACCAUCAACAAGGCCAAACGUAACGCCAACGGCAGCUUCAGCAUCGGCAAGGAUUGGGAUCUCAACACACUGCGAGAGGUCAACGUCAUCCAGCCGGACGUCUUCAGCAUCACCCUCAGCCGACCCUAUCAAUGGCAAACGCAACAGCCUGCAGAGCAGCAGCUCUUCUUGCAAAGCUUGGUAAAGGUCUAUCGCAAAUACACUCAGGACAAUGGACCGAGGUUGGUGGGUAUCGAUGUGCCGACCUCGUCCAGUUCAGCGAGUCUUUCUGUCGCCGACGCUGCUAGUAGCCGUCCUUCGUCGGGAUAUCAUAUCGAUGACUCGCCGCUUGCGUCGAUCAAUGGAUCCACUUCCGCCGCGUCCGCGCUUCCUGCUUCAACUCCAUCGACAUUGGCACCAAGAGCAUCGCCUGUCCGACGCAUGUCGAAUGACGGAAGUCCGGCUCGCAACUCCGAAAGCUCGAGCAUUUAUGAGAGCCCUACCAAGAGCAAACGUUCAGGCGGACUCCAGUCCAGCCCUCUGAAACGACCUGCACAGCUUCCACCUCAAUCCUCAAAUGAAUCGCUGCCAUCCACAGCGAGGCUUGCGAUACCGAGGCAGGCUCCUCCACGCAAGAGCAGCGGCGAUUCCAUCUCCAUCAAGAGCGGUAGCAGCGGAGGUCUAGCGGGCGGUGGAGGAGACGCUCGAGCGCGACUAAGCUCCAUCGAGCCGAUCCGAGGCGGUGCUGCUUACGAGCGCAUGCUUCUGGCUGGCACGGGGCUCACUGGCGUCACGGAAGUCGACGACGACGACGAGCAGGCAGAAGACGAAGAUCCAUACGGAGGUGCUGUUCUCACAGACAAGGAUGCCGUACCGGACACGUCGACGGCAUCGAAGCGUGCUACGCUGGGACGACCAGCCGUCGCUCGCAUCGAGACGCAGCUGAGCGAAAGGAGCAGGGGCGCCGACGAAGCGGAUCUAGACGAGGACGAAAAUCAGACUCUGGUGGCAGUGGAAGAGAUCCUCGAGGGUCUGGAAUGGCGCAACGCAGGCGCCAACGGCUACGGUAUCGCCUCGGGCAAAGGUACCGCCGACGUCAUCGAGGCUCGUCUUCUGGAUGAGCUGUCGGCACUCGAGUCGGCCAACAUCCACGCCAUCAUCGAGUCCGACGACCGCGUCGCCCUCGUCGUCAAGCACAUGGAAGAGGCGCUCGCCGAUCUCGACAUGAUGGAUAGCAUGAUCGCCGGCUUCAAGGUGCAGCUCAAUUCUCGAUUGGACGAUGUCUCGCACAUCGAGUCGCAGAACCGAGGUCUGCAAGUCCAGACGUCGAACCAACGUACGCUCAUGGCUGAGAUCGAGAACCUCAUCAACACCAUCAACGUUGACGAUGAUGUGAUAAACACGCUCAGCGCAGGACGGCUAGAGAACGCAGAUGGAGUUGCUCAGCUCGAGUCGGCCGCGGCAUCGCUCUACAAGUCGAUGCUGCAAGCGCGUACGGACGGCGACGAUGGUGGAGCUGACAUGGCCGCUGCAGCCGAGAAGCUCGCCGAGUACGAAGCCAUCUCGUCUCGAUUCUGCAAGCGCGUCCUUGAGUACCUCAACAUCACCUUCAACGUCGAGACGCAGCGUCUGCUUUCAGAUCCUGCGCGUCAAAAGGCACUGCAACCACCACACCCGUCGUUGCCAGACCAUGCUUCCAUGGAAGAGGUGCUGGGUCAGUACUGCGGCCUGCUGCUAUACAUGAAGGAAGUGUCCGCGCAAACCUUCUCGCGCGUCUCUGCAGCCUACUUUACCUCUGUCAGCGAAUGCUACCGCAACGAGAUGCAGCAGCUCUCCGUAGCCUACCGCCGGCAGCUGCGCAAGGCAAGCGACGAAGACAUCACCGAGUCUAGCUUUAUUGCUCCGAGCUCGACCAGUGCGGCUACCUCGGCCAUCCGCAGCGGCACCAUCCGUCGCGGACAACGCGAGAAGACCAUGCGUGGCGUCAAAGACCGCACGGACAUCUCCGGUCAAGAUGGUCUGCAACGCAUCCUGUCAUGCAUCUUCCCCGUGCUACUGCGCGAGCAGAGCUUCAUCUCGGACUUUUUGCAUAUCAACGACAACAACAUCACGUUUGCGGACUACAUGGCGCUGGAACCGUACUUCCGGCGUCGGGCGGCGGGCAUGUUCACAGGCGCAUCCGGCCCGUUGCGCGAGAUGAAGGGCGCGAUGGACCUCAUUUUCGGGUUUGUCGCCAACGAGUUGCAGGCGUUCACGGACGACGCUCUGUCUAAGGACCGCAUGUCGAUCGUCGGCCUCCUCGCCACGCUCGACCGGAGCAUCGUCGAGGCGGAAGAAGUUAGCUGCGAAUCCCUCCAAAAAGUGCUUGCCAAGCUGCAGCUGCGUCUGGCCUCCAAACUGGAGCAGUUCGUAGGGGAGCAGAUCAAGGGCAUCGAAGCGACCAAGUUGACGGUGAAGAAGCGCAAAGGCGUGGUGCACUUCAUGCGCGUGUUCCCCGUGUUUGUCGAUCGCGUCGAGGCGCAACUGAUCAAUACCGAGACGCUGCCGAUCCGCACCGCCGUCGACGGCUACUACAUCCAGAUCUGCGGCGCCAUGUUCGAUGCUCUGCAAACCAUCUCUCGCGUCGAGACGGGUGCCGCCGGAGGGGAUGAAGACAAAGGCCAGCUCAACCACCUCGUGAUCCUCAUCGAGAACAUGUACUAUUUCAUCUCUGAGAUCAACAAGGGCUCUCGCACGCGCGGGGCAUCCAGCUCUGCACUCACUGCCCUCGUCAAACGGGCCGAGACGAUCUACAACGACUCCUUGGGCAGCUAUACGCAGUUUGUCCUGCGCCGCUCCCUUGCCCGACUCAUGGACUUUUCGGAUGGCAUCGGCACACUGCUCCGCUCGACACCCGCGAAAGAAGUCUCGCUCCACGCCGCAUACAGUAAAAGCGCAUUCAAGAAGCUCGUCAAGGACCACACGGCCAAGGACACGCGCAAGGCGGUCGAGGCGCUCAGCAAGCGAGUCGCCAAGCAUUUCGACGACGAUGAGGCGCAGGAGCAGAGCGCGGGCGAAGCCGAGGUGCUUAGCAGGGUGUGGGCGAGUUGCGAACAGGGCUACGUAAGGGAGUUUGAAAGGGGCAUGCGGUUGGGUCAGGACUGCUAUCCGGAUAUGGGAGUGAGUUUUGAGUUGGGUGUGGGGGAGUUGAGGAGGUUGUUUGCCGGAUUGGCGCCGAAGCGCCGAUGA